CGAUAUGAAAAGAUGAAGGCGCGAAAUUUUGAUUUUGAUUCAGUGGAUCGGACUCUAGCUAUAUUGCGUGCAACCGAAACGAAAAUUUUCGGUGGCCCGCACAUUCAUGAAGUAUACAUUGAUGAAUGUCAGGAUAACCAGAUCAUAGAUUACAAGCUUAUCUUGGAUCUUUUUGGCGCUGCAAAAAUUUUUAUGGCAGGUGAUGUAGCACAAUGCAUUGCCCGGGGGUCUACAUUUCGAUUCAAAGACUUAUACCAAUUGCUUUACAUGCGUGGCAAUUCUUUAAAACCUAAAGAGUUCGAACUAAAUAUUAACUAUCGCUCCCACAAAGGGAUUCUUAAACUAGCUUCAUCAGUAAUUCACCUCCUCCGGAUUUUUUUUCCUGAUUCUAUCGACCAGCUGUCUCCUGAAAUCAGUGAAGUUGGUGGUCCUCAGCCUCUCAUCAUCGAGGGUUGUGAAGCCAAAGACCUGUUUGUCCAUAGAAAUGAUAACAUAAAAUCAGAUGAAUUUAUUGAAUUUGGAGCUGGUCAGGUCAUUAUUGUACGUGAUGAAAAGGCUAGAAAGCGCGUGGAGGUUAUAAACAAUAGAAUUGGAAUGAUUUUGACUGUGUUUGAGGCCAAAGGCAUGGAGUUUAAUGACGUCCUAUUAUUUAAUUUCUUUACCGAUUCACCCGCACUUUUAAAA